GGCUUAGGGUUCCACAGCAGCAGCAGUCGGCGGCUGGCUAAGGAGUGCGCCCUGCUGCCCUCUCCAGGGCGCGCCGAGGAUGGCUCCUCCGCCGGGCGUUGCCAGGAGCUCCGCACUCCGCCCCGGGGCGGAGCAGGAGCCGCUGCCGGCGGUGCCUCCUAGUGCCGCGCGCCCCUGGCUCCUCUUGUCUCCUCGCCGCUGCUCCCAGGUUUGGUCCAGGUAUCACCGUCGCCGCCGCCUCUGCCACCAUCACUCCCGGCCGCCGCCGCCGCGCCCUUUCUUUCGCUCCGGAGUUCCCCGGAGCAACAACGCCUCCAGGAUGAUGGUCAAGCUGGACUUCGAGGAGUGCCUCAAAGACUCGCCCCGCUUCAGGGCUGCCAUUGAGACUGUGGAAACGGAGGUGUCCGUGUUGGAAUCUCAGCUGGAGAAGCUGCUGAAGCUGUGUACCACCAUGCUGGAAUCAGGACGCCAGUACUGUGCCCACAGCAAGAAUUUUGUCUCUGGGGUCCAGGAGCUCUCUCAGAAUUCCCCAGGAAACACCAUGAUGAGUGAGUGCAUUGAAAAAUUUUCUGAGAGCUUGAACAAAAUGAUUGAUGGGCACGAGGAACUUCUGGAUACAACGCAACAGUCACUCAAACAACAGCUGCAGAAUCUGGUGAAAGAGGACAUGAAGCAGUUCAAAGAUACCCGGAAGGAAUUUGAACGCGGCAGUGAAAGUCUCGCCAGCGCCUUGCACCAUAACGCCGAGGUGCCUCGCCGGCGUCACCAUGAGGCCGAAGAGGCAGUGACUGCCCUGAAGGCUGCACGCACAGCGUUCCGUGCCAGAGCCCUUGACUACGUGCUCCAGAUCAACGUGAUCCAGUCUAAGAAGAAGUUUGAGAUCCUCAAGUUUAUGCUGACCUUCAUGGAGGCCCAGUCGUCCUGCCUAGAACAGGGAUUCCACAUGGCAAAACGGCUGGAACAGUACCGGAAAGACCUGGCCGCUCAGCUCCAUCAGUUGGUCUUGGAGUCGGCCCGGGAAAAACGGGACAUGGAGCAAAGGCAUACAGUGAUCAAGCAGAAGGACCUGUCACAAGAAGACGUUGUUCCUGAGCCUCGUGCAGAGCCAGGCGGGGUGGUGAUGGAAGGGUACUUGUACAAACGUGCCAGCAAUGCCUUCAAAACAUGGAGCAGGCGCUGGUUUUCCAUCCAGAGCAAUCAGCUGGUCUAUCAGAAAAAGGCCAAGGAUGCUCUGACGGUGGUCGUGGAGGACCUUCGGCUGUGCACUGUCAAGCCCUGCCCUGACCACGAACGACGCUUCUGCUUCGAGGUGGUGUCCCCCUCCAAGAGCUGUCUGCUCCAAGCGGAUUCAGAGAGACACCAGCAAGCUUGGGUGUGUGCGGUUCAAAACAGCAUUGCAUCCGCUUACAACGAGGAGCGUCUGGAGUCCCCGGGGCAGCCCCUGGAACGAACGGCCUCCCUGUCUGCAGCCAAACUGCAGUCCCCCUCUGGUCGGAGGCUGCGGGGUGGCGUGGACAAGCACGUUGUGGACCAGGUGCAGCGACUGGAGGGCAAUGCCCAGUGUUGUGACUGCCGGGAGCCAGCGCCUGAAUGGGCGAGCAUCAACUUGGGCAUAACGCUUUGCAUUGAGUGUUCUGGCAUCCACAGGAGUCUUGGUGUCCAUUUUUCCAAGGUGCGGUCACUGACACUCGAUUCCUGGGAACCAGAACUUGUUAAGCUGAUGUGUGAACUGGGGAAUCGUGUCAUCAACCAGAUAUACGAAGCACGGGUGGAAGAGAUGAACAUGAAACGGCCCCAGCCAGGCUGUUCACGGUUGGAGAAGGAGGCCUGGAUCCGGGCCAAGUAUGUGGAAAAGAAGUUCAUCACCAAGUUGCCUAAAGCUAGGGUCUGGCCCAACCAGGACGGAGACAGCCGGGGGCCUGAGAAGCCCCCCAGACCAUUCCCCAAACCCAAACCUCCACGGCAGACUCGAGGGGGUGCAGGGUCAAGGGAAGGGGCCUCUUCCAGCCCGACUCCUGCUAGGGAUGAUCUGCACAACUUGCACCCGGGAGCCCUCCUCUAUCGAGCGGCCGCCGCCCCUCCUAACUUGCCCACCAUGGCAGAUGCACUGGCCCAUGGUGCGGACGUCAACUGGGUGAACGUGGCCCACGAAAGCCGGACUCCUUUGCUGCAGGCUGUCGCCGCAAAUUCUCUCUUGGCCUGUGAAUUUUUGCUUCAAAACGGAGCCAGCGUCAACCAGCCAGACAGCAAGGGAAGGGCCCCCCUUCAUCAUGCCACCGUCUUGGGACACACGGGGCUGGCCUGCCUGUUCCUCAAACGUGGAGCCAACAUGAAUGCCAUCGACGGGGAAGGGAAGGAUCCCCUCAGCAUUGCCAUAGAUUUGGCCAACGCAGAUAUUGUGACCUUACUGCGGUUGGCCAAGAUGCGUGAAGCUGAGCUUGCCCUUGGCCAAUCAGGAGAUGAGACCUACCUCGACAUCUUCCAUGACUUCUCCCUCAUGGCGUCCAAUGAUCCAGAGAAGCUGAGGCGGCGAAGCUACGACCUGAAACUGACGACUUUGUGAAGCGUGGGGAAAUGCCACCCCAGCCCCAUCAAACAAGAGUUGGGGAUGCUUUCGGGAGAGCCGGCAUUCUAAAACUCCUGGGACAGGAGCCAGGCUAAAGUCGCGUGUGGAUUCCUGGUGCCAAGCAGACCACAACCGAGGAACGUCCCUUGAAAGGCUUGCUCUCCUUUGUAGCUUGGCGGUUUUGGUGACUUUGUGGAGUAUAACUGCAAGGGGAACGGUUUUUGUGGAAGAUCCCUGGGGCAGAGAGCUUGGCAAUGAAGAAUGGAGCGCUCCAGAUGCCCUUGUGGGGGCCCCUCCCCACAAUUUUCUUUUUAAUUUAUUGCUAUUUGACGGGAAAUUUGUGCUGUGCCAGGGAUGUUGGUGCCUAUGAAAUGGCUUAAUUUUUUCUCUCUCUGAAGCCAACCAUGGUUGACUUCCUUUCCUGCGCCUUGGAGAGGCAACGGCCCAUUCCAGGAGGGAGGAAAGGGAGGCUGUAGAAUCUGUGGACAAGGAUUAAAUGCGGCUUGUGUGUGUUGCAGAUCCUGCAAUUCUGAGACAGUCGGAAGCACGUUUUCUGAGGUUGGAAUCUCUUCUGCAAAUAGGACAGAUUUGCCUGAAGGUUUCCACAGAUUUAUUUUGUUAAGCUAAUAAUUUUUGUGAUCCACAUCAGCCCAGUGUGCAUGAAACUUUUUUUUAAAAUUUAAAUUGCAGCCUUUAAGUAUAAACAUUCUAAAUAAACUUUUAUCUCUGGCCAAACCA